GAGAGUGGGGAUUUUGGAAACGAAAGAAAGAAAGAAAGAAAGAAAUGGGAAGCGCACCGGCACAGAUUCCGACUAGCUUCGGCCAUGAGCUAAGGGCUUGUCUUCGCUGCCGCCUCGUCAAGACCUAUGACCAGUUCAGGGACGCAGGGUGCGAGAACUGUCCUUUCUUCAAGAUGGAAGAGGAUCACGAGCGUAUCGUCGAGGUCACGACUCCUAAUUUCAAUGGUAUAAUCUCUGUGAUGGAUCCAAGUAGAAGCUGGGCGGCUAGGUGGUUAAGAAUCGGGAAGUUUGCUCCUGGUUGCUACACUCUUGCUGUCUCAGAGCCACUCACUGAGGAAAUGCAGCACGUAUGCCAAGAAGAGCGUGUACAAUACGUUCCCCCCAAACGCAUGUGAAGCAAAUCCAUCAAGACAACGACCGCAAGUAUUGCUCUUUCAUAUGUUAGCUUCAUGUAACAGUAUCAGGUGCUCAUAUGUGUUGAAAAUUUCCAAGAAGUCGUUGCUUCUUUGAGUACCUUUAGGUUCAUCUAUGUAAGGUCGUCAUGUAUAACUUUGAACGUCUCCACCAAAAUGCUUCUUUAAGAGAAUCGUUUUUGUUAGGAAAAAUGUAAAAACAUAAGUACAAAAGGCCAACCUAAGCUUCUUGGAACUAUGAAAUGUUAUGUCUGAUUAAAGCUAUUUUAUCAA